AUGGUUUCGCUGAAACUGCAGAAGCGGCUUGCAGCAAGCGUGCUCAAGUGCGGAAGAGGAAAGGUUUGGCUUGACCCCAAUGAAGUCAACGAAAUCUCCAUGGCCAAUUCUCGGCAAAACAUCAGGAAGUUGGUUAAGGAUGGGUUCAUCAUCAGGAAGCCAACCAAGAUUCACUCCCGAUCACGUGCUCGUAGGAUGAAGGAAGCUAAGAGGAAGGGUCGUCACUCCGGAUAUGGUAAGCGUAAGGGUACAAGAGAGGCAAGGCUUCCCACGAAGAUACUUUGGAUGAGAAGGAUGCGUGUUCUCAGACGGUUGCUUCGGAAGUACAGGGAAUCAAAGAAAAUUGACAAACACAUGUACCAUGAUAUGUACAUGAAGGUGAAAGGUAAUGUUUUCAAAAACAAGAGGGUCUUAAUGGAGAGCAUUCACAAGUCCAAGGCUGAGAAGGCAAGAGAGAAGACUUUGUCUGAUCAGUUUGAGGCUAAGCGUGCAAAGAACAAGGCUAGCAGGGAAAGGAAAAUUGCUCGGAGGGAGGAGCGUUUAGCCCAAGGUCCCGUUGAUAAGGCACCUACAGCAGCAGCCAGUGCACCAGCACCCCAAGCUGCCCAAGCGCCAAAGAAAUCCAAGAAGUGA